AUGUCGUGGAAGCGUAGCGAAAGACUGAUGGACACGAUCAAACACUAUAGCAACUUCCCGGCGACUGGUGUGUCGUUACGGCAGAUGGUGCAGUUUGGAGAAAAACCCUCGACUGGCACCCUCUUCCGCGCGUCACAGUUCUUGUCCGAGGAACUCCCUAUACGGUUGGCACACCGCGUGCAAGAGCUCAACGAGCUGCCAGAUGGCCUCAAUGAGAUGCCGUCCAUCUGCCGGGUGCGAGACUGGUAUGCGCAGUCGUUCGAAGUGGGUGAUGCUGGUCUGUCGGCUACUUUACGUCUUGUCUCACACGACCAACAGGAACUCGUCCAGCUGCCCCGACCGAACCUCGACUCAGAAGUCAAAGAGAGACUACUGCGACCAUCGAAGAGAAAUGGCAAGGAUCAAAGGUUGAUUAGCCAGGCUACACAGAAUCCCAGUGUCAAACAGGGCCAGUACCGAUCAGCGCCAGGGUCGAACGGCAGUGGCAAUGGCAAUGGCAAUGGCAAUGGCUUUGGCAACGGUGGCAGUAUCACUAGAGAGGUCAAGGGCGCCACGUCGAGUCGGAGAUACUAUGCUGCAGCAGAUGACGGGCAAGACUGGCCACCUGAGCUGGGCGCUUACAAUACCAAGUUUGCAGACACACUGGAGAAGAUCAAGAGGCGGCACGACAGCGUUGUGACUACGGUCGCCCAGGGCAUUCUAGAAUGGAAGCGCAAGCGACAACGGAUGCAAAUCGAUCACAAUAUUCAGGCCUUCCUCGACCGCUUCUACAUGUCGCGUAUUGGCAUCCGAAUGCUCAUCGGUCAGCACAUCGCCCUCACAGACCAGCGAUCGCGCUCUGAUCCCAACUAUGUGGGAAUCAUUUGCACAAAGACUAACGUUCGCGAACUUGCGCAAGAAGCUAUUGAGAAUGCGCGAUUUGUCUGCGAGGAUCACUAUGGUCUUUUCGAUGCGCCCAAGGUACAGCUCGUGUGCAACAACGACAUCAGCUUCAUGUAUGUCCCAGGUCACUUGUCGCAUAUGCUCUUUGAGACACUCAAAAACUCGCUGCGUGCCGUGGUCGAGAGGCAUGGUCAGGAUAAGGAUGAUUUCCCGGUCACAAAAGUCAUCGUUGCUGAAGGCAAGGAGGAUAUCACAAUCAAAAUCUCAGAUGAGGGAGGUGGUAUCCCGAGGUCGUCGAUCCCGUUGGUGUGGACGUACAUGUAUACCACUGUGGAUCAAACACCAAGCCUGGAUCCUGAUUUCAACAAGAGUGAUUUCAAAGCGCCAAUGGCUGGGUUUGGGUACGGUUUACCUAUAUCGCGGCUGUACGCCAGAUACUUUGGCGGAGACUUGAAGUUGAUUAGCAUGGAGGGGGAUGGAUGGGCGUCGAGCGAGAUCAUCCGCUCAUCCUCCCAAGGAUUGACACAGGGUACUCAGUAUGGAACGAGCUCGCGAAAAAGCCCCUUCCUAGCCAGCAAAGCUAUGAGGCUCAAGUUGUCCGGGCAGAUUAGCAGAGAGGUUAGUGAGAGGAGGCAAGUCGGGGAUGCGGAGGAGAUGUUUGCGGAUAGCGGAGGGGAGAAGCCGUGGUGGCGAAACGUGACGAUGGAGGAGGGGGUGUAA